AUGGCGGCAGCGCCGGGAAAUGAACAGCAGGUUUAUCUGAUUCCUACGGCGGCUGGUAUGUAUCAGGCUCCGGCAAUGCGUCCGGUGACCGGACAAGUCGGCCAGGGUUACUAUGGGAUGCAAAGAGUAGUACCGGAGGUUUACCGAGAACAACCAAUGUACAAUCUGGUCCCACAGCAAUCGAUUCAGCAACCGAAAAUUGGAGGCUACAGCGAAGCCAUUGGAAUGGUACGGCCGCAAAUGAGCGGCGGAAUUGGGGUGACGGAGGCGGGGUAUGCGCAGGUUGGCUAUGACGGGGCAGGGAGGCAGGUGUACUACACUGCACCAGGAGGGGUGGUGCCGCAAUAUCAGGCGGUGAGCGCGGCGAUGGAUGUGAGGCAAAGUGGUGGCGCGUUAAAUCAAGAGGGUUAG